UCUCUCUCUCUCUCUCUCUCUCUCUCUCUCUCUCUCUCUCUCUCUCUCUCCCUCUCCCUCUCUCUCUUUCAUAACUAUCUAUUCAUCCCCAUCCAUUCCCACCUCUGUGUCUCAGAGCCAAUCCAUCUAUUACACUAAUCAUCCGUCAACCGCUCCCCUCAGAAUAAACAAAUAGAUAAAAAUGAUAAUAAUAAUCUAGUCUCACGCCAGUCUCCGCCUCACCCCCCCCCUCUCCUCCUCCUCCUUCAGCGUCGAUGGAAGAAACGGACCCGUCAGCCACGGCGACGCCUGGGCGGAGGAAGCAACCUUGGGUCAAAGGGCGUCACUCGACCUGAGGAUGCACCCCCCCGGCCUCGUGCUCGACCCCGUCAAGGCCUCUGACCGUGACCUCUACCGCUGCAGGGUCGACUACGACUCCUCCCCCACCAGGAACGUCCGCAUCCAGCUCAAUGUCGUGGUGCCACCGAGGAGGGUCCAUAUAGUCAACGAAAAGGGCAUGGACGUGAACGGAGUGAUUGGGCCUUACCACGUCGGCGUCACCGUCAAACUGCAGUGCCGCGCUGAGGGAGGUGACUCACAUAAAAAUACAAAGCCUGAGUUUUCCCCAGGAGAAAUACCAUACUACAUUAUACUGGACAUCUGGCGGUUUUCAUUUCAUAAAAUCAACAUGAAUGGCGAUCCAGAUUGUGCAGUAAACAUGAUAUUGGACGAAACCGACCCAAAACAACAGCUAUGCAAGAAGAUUGUUAAUACAGCAAUGAAAACAAUACUAGAGAUCCAAUCUAAUCUAUAUUCUCCCCCCCCUCCUACAGGAGAGCCGCGCCCCAGCGUCACCUGGUGGAGCGGAGGCACCCUUCUGGACGACGUGAGCGAGGACAGAAGGGGUGACAUCACGAUCAACACCCUUACUUUGCACUCCAUUGCAAGGCAUGACCUUUACCGCGCCCUCACGUGUCAGGUCAUCAACUCGAACCUCUCUGACCCCAUGACCGCGACAGUCACCCUCGACAUGAGCUUCCCCCCGCUGACGGUGAAGAUCAUGAGCCUCAAGGACGAGCUCUCAGAGGACGAAAAAUACAAGAUUGUGUGCGAAUCGUCCGGGUCCAGACCUUCAGCAUCUAUUACCUGGUGGAAGAAUGGGAUGCUCAUGACAGAUGCCAGGAAGCAGGUAUUCCAAGAAGGAAACAUCACCCGGUCGACCCUCCACCUUAUCCCCUCACCCGCCGACAACGACGUGUACAUCUCCUGCCGCGCCGAGAACCCUAGGGUCCCCACAGCUGUUAUUGAAGAUUCUGCCAAGCUCAACGUGCAUUAUACCCCCCGCCUUUCCUUGGCAGCGGGACAGAACCUUGACAUGGAGGACAUAAAGGAAGGUGACGACGUGUACUUCGAGUGUGGGAUUCAGGCGAACCCCAGAGUCUACAAGGUUCAGUGGUUCCAUAAUGGCGAGGAACUGAGUCAUAACGUAUCUGCGGGAGUUAUCCAGAGCAACCAGAGUUUAGUGCUGCAGAGAGUCACUCGAGCAUCUUCAGGAGACUACAAAUGCACGGCAGCCAACCUCCACGGCAGCAGCGAGUCCAACUCUGUUCAACUGAGCGUCAAGUUUGCCCCCUUGUGCGCGGAGGGACAGAAGGUGGUGUACGGCGCAGGCAAACAGGAGGAACUCAAUGUUACGUGCAGCGUGGAGGCUCAUCCCCAACCCUUCGCUUUCAGAUGGGCAUUCAACAGUUCCUCCGAAGUGGUCGACAUCCCUCCAAGCAGGACGCGGCUGGUGGGCGAGGGCGUGAGUCAGGUUUCCUACACGCCCACCUCUCACCUCGAUUACGGUUCUCUCCUGUGCUGGGCUACCAACGACGUCUCCAGGCAGCACACGCCCUGUAUUUACCACAUCAUCCAUGCGAGUGAGUGUCCAUAUUUAGUAUUUUAGGGUUUAUUUAUUUAUUUAUUUUAUUAUUUUUAUUUACUUGUUUUUUUUGGUUGCUAUGGUAAUUCUUUUAUGAUCAGAUUUUUUUCUUUUUUUGGGGGGGUAGGUCAUUUAUUUUGUUUGGGUCUUCUUUUUUAUUUACGUUUUGAUUUUAGUGGAGACCCCCCUGAUCUUUUUAUAAUUUAUUUAUCUAUUCAUUCAUUUAUAUUUUCAUUGAUUCUUUUGUUUUGUUAUUAAUAUGAUAACAUGAUAUAUUUUUUUCUUCUUCUUUUUUUAUGGAGUGGAGAACUUACAGCCUCUCUGAAAAAUGUUGACGGAAUAUCCAGUUCCGCAUUUCCCGUUUAUUCAUCACUUCCCACUGUCAUUCUCAUUCACUGAUAAUCGCUCGUUUCAUUCACUUUAUUGAAUGGGAUAUGGAACGCGUUCGGACGAGUCGGCUACGGCUUCGUCCUAAAAUUCGGCGAGCGAAAAAUUUAUAUACGAUUCUUCUUCCUCUUCUUCUGGGUCUUUCUGCAGACUCGUAAAUCAAAAAGCACUCGCGUUUUUAAGUCCAGCCCGCGCAAGCGUCUCGGUCGUUCAUCACAAUGUUCCCGUGACAUCUAUCUUUUCUCUUAAAACGAUACUGUCUCUGCAGCCGCAACCACCCAGCAGAGGCAGGCAGUGGGCCGAGGGAAAUAUUCCAGAUGCGUAGACCAUUUUCGGAAAUUGGGAGGGGGAAAAAAGAAAGGCAGGGGGAAUCGAAAAAAAAAAGAGAGAGCAGAAGAAGAAAAAGCGAGGCAAAAAUCCGCGACAGGGAUCCCCUCUCCCCUCGACAUUGGCCAACGGAUUCGGAUCAUACGCGCUCUGUGGAAUAUUUCAUGAAACAUUCCAGUCAACAACGAAAACAUUCAGGGCAGUUAGCAUAGUCUG